UUCUUUUAUGAAAACAUUUUCUAUGUCUCAACUGAAGUUAUCGGAGGAUGCACUUAAGUGCUUGCAUCUCUGAACAAUUCAUUAAUGUCCAUCCUUUAUGGAUGCUGCUUUAUCCUCUGGUUCUCUUUGCUUCAUUAUUUUUUCCAUCCUUUUCCCAUGUCUUCUCAUUCUCCUCCUAGCUCUUGCUGUGAUCCCUUUAAAUUGUUCAUCUUUAAUGAAUUUUUGUCAGAUAUUGCUGAUGUUACAAAUUUUGUUCAUCCUGGUACUCCACUUGAUGAUGAGGCUUCCCAGAGGGGUACAUCUGUCUACCUUGUGGAGCGGCGUAUAGACAUGCUUCCCAAACCUCUUACGGAGGACAUAUGUUCACUUCGUUCUGAUGUGGAAAGGCUCGCAUUCUCUGUCAUUUGGGAAAUGACACCUGAAGCGGACGUAAUUUCCACCAGAUAUACAAAAAGUGUCAUAAAAUCUUCUGCAGCAUUGUCUUAUGUUGAAGCACAAGCAAGGAUGGAUGAUAGUCGUCUGAGGGAUCCCAUUACUACAGAUUUGAGGAAUAUGAAUAGUUUAGCUAAGAAAAUGCGAUUGAGGCGCAUUGAGAGAGGAGCUUUGACUCUUGCAUCUGCUGAAGUCAAAUUUCAAAUUGACACAGAGACUCAUGACCCUCUUGAUAUUGGAAUGUAUCAGAUCAGGGAGGCCAACCAAAUGGUGGAGGAGUUUAUGCUUGCUGCUAAUGUUUCCGUUGCACAACAAAUUCUUAAAAGUUUUUCGUUAUGCUCAUUAUUAAGGCGUCAUCCAACACCAACCAGAGAGAUGCUUGAACCCUUAUUACAGACCGCUGCUGCAGUUGGCUUGCACUUGGAUGUUUCAUCAUCAAAAGCAUUGGCUGAUUCUCUUGACCAUGCUGUGGGCGAUGAUCCAUACUUCAAUAAGUUAAUCCGUAUACUGGCAACUAGGUGCAUGAGUCAGGCAGUUUAUUUCUGCAGUGGGGAUCUUAGCCCUCCAGAAUAUCAUCAUUAUGGGCUUGCAGCUCCUUUAUAUACCCAUUUCACAUCACCUAUUAGAAGAUAUGCAGAUGUCAUUGUGCACAGGCUACUUGCUGCUUCUUUAGGAAUAUCAAAGUUACCGUCUGUAUUUCAAGACAGACUCCAGCUCAGUAGUAUUGCAGACAAUUUAAAUUAUCGGCACAGGAAUGCCCAGCAUGCGGGGCGAGCAUCUGUAGAGCUACAUACUCUAAUUUAUUUCAGGAAUAGGCCUACAGACACGGAGGCUAGAAUAGUGAAAAUAAGAUCUAAUGGCUUUUUUGUGUUUGUUCCCAAAUAUGGCAUAGAAGGACCUAUAUAUUUGACAAAAGCCAGAAAGGGAAAUGGAGAAUGGUAUGUAGAUGAGCAACAGCAGAAAAUAAAAAGGAUGGAUGGUAGCCUUUCAUACAGCGUUUUGCAGACAGUCCAAAUUCACAUGGAGGUUGUGGAGCCUCAACCUAACCGUCCCAAACUUCAGCUUACUCUCAUCUAGAGGUAUAA